AUGGCGAACCAACAAUUCGAACCUUCUUUUGAAGACACGACGGAUUUUGAGAACGCAAAGCAGGGCUUCAUUGACGCUCUCGAUCCAUGCAUUAUCCGUGGUGUCGACGAGCGAGUCAUCUGGAACAAUGAAGAGUAUAACUUUUUGUCCGGGGAAUGUCCAGAGUCUGCCAAUCCGAAGCUCUGGAGACAAGGACAGCUUACGUCGAUUCAAGGCCUAUUUGAAGUGACUCGAGGUGUCUAUCAAAUACGCGGCUUCGAUUUAUCCAACAUGACAAUUGUGGAGGGAAAUGAAGGUGUCAUUGUGAUCGACCCUCUCACAACCGUGGAGACUGCGGCCGCCGCCCUCGCCCUCUACAGAAAAAAUAGAGGAGAUCGAAAAGUCACAGGCGUCAUCUAUUCGCAUUCACAUAUCGAUCACUUCGGUGGUGCUUUGGGCGUAUUACCACCCAAUGAGAACCACGGCGUUCCUAUCAUUGCCCCCGAAGGGUUUAUGGAGGAGGCAACAAGCGAAAACCUUUACGCCGGCGAUGCAAUGCGUCGACGUGCAGCCUUCAUGUAUGGGACCUUUCUUCCUAAGGCUCCGGACAGCCAAAUUGGAUGUGGGUUAGGCAUGUGCGUCCCGACCGGCGUCAAUUCGCUAAUUCCGCCAAGCUUGAGCAUUCGCCAGACUGGCGAAGAGCGCAUUUUUGACGGUGUUCGGAUUUUGUUCCAACUUGUGCCUGGAUCUGAAGCGCCGUCGGAAAUGAACUUUUACUUUCCGAAUCACAAAGCACUUUACAUCGCUGAAUGUGCAGUGCAUAGUCUUCACAACAUCAUCACCCUCCGCGGCGCUCAAGUCCGGGAUGCUAAAGCCUGGUCCCAGUAUCUUGAUGAAUCCUUGACUUUAUAUGGACGAUACUCGGAUGUUGUCUUUGCCGGCCAUGGCUGGCCUACAUGGGGCUCUGAUAAGAUCAUCAACUUCAUCGCUGCUCAGCGAGAUCUUUACGCAUAUCUCCAUGACCAGACAGUUCGCCUGAUGAAUCACGGUCUUACUGGUAUCGAGAUUGCCGAGCGUCUGAGCCUUCCGCCUUCGCUACAAAAGUCGUGGUCUGCGCAGAGUUUUUAUGGAUCCGUGAGCCACAACGUGAAGGGCAUCUAUCAGCGAUACAUGGGCUGGUUUGAUGGGAAUCCGGCUCAUCUUUGGGAGCAUCCCCCAAAGGAAAGCGCCAAACGAUAUGUUGCUUGCAUGGGCGGAAUCGAUGAAGUGGUUUUGAAAGCAAAGAAAUUCGAAUCAGAAGGCGACCUUCGAUUUGCCGCAACUCUACUAGGCCAUGCAACUGCUCUCGAUCCAAACCAUGCUGAGUCCCAAACUUCAUUGGCGUCCGUCUAUAGAAAACUGGGUUAUGCAACAGAAAAUGGCACGUGGCGUAAUUUCUACUUGACCGGUGCUCGGCUUCAACUGCCUGGCGGAAAGAUGCCCCGUCAGAAGACAAGCAUCGAACUCAAGCCAACACAAACAGUCAACCAAUGGUUCACAUUGCUCUCUAUCCAUAUUGACGGCUGCAAAGCAUCGGGAGAGGUUUUUGCGAUCGAAUUACAUGUUACUGACGAGAAAGAAUUUUGGAGGCUCAACGUCAGCAACGCCACUUUAACCUACCGGAACGCAUCCAAGAAGGAAGAAUUGUUUGGAUCAUCGGGUUUGACGAUGAAACUUACCAAGAGGGAACUCCUGAGGGUUCUCAAAGGUGAGGAAAUCCCUGGUGCUAUACAAAGCGGCGAUUCACAGUUGAUGCCAAAACUUCUCUCAUUGAUGGAGACUACAAAGAUAAUUCCCUAG